GCACAGAGAGUUACUUUGUAUACUGAGUUGCCGACUUUGACUACCUCUCUCUCCAACUGAUUAAGUUUUUCAUUACACUAAAGCGUGAUGAAGAACCUCAUCUCACGCUUUACUCUUAGUUUUACUCUUUUGAAUAAAUAACACUCCCUACUACGCUGUUUCUAUUCAGUCUGCUCCCUCACACGAACUCGCAAAACCCUAAUCGCUUCCUCGAAACCUUCGCUUCUUCAAUCAUCUCGGUUUUGGCUCCCUCCGUUGCCACCUCCGGACAGUUCCGCCGCUUCUUUCUUCGCUAGGUCGCUGCAAUUUCGAAUUCCGUUACUUGUUUUGUUUCUGCAGAUGGCAGGGGCGGAGAAUAGCGACGGGAGCGGGAGUGAACGAGAAUUAGCGGGAAAUGGUAACAACGGGUUUUUGGAGUGUAGUGGUUCUGCUGGUAGUGAAGGGAACGACAGCGUUUCUUAUGCGAACGUCUUGCGUUCGAGGAACAAGUUUGCUGACGCUCUUGCUAUCUACGAGCGUGUCUUGGAGAGCGAUGGUGCAAAUGUGGAGGCGCUCAUUGGGAAAGGGAUAUGCCUUCAGAUGCAGAAUAAGGGAAGGCUUGCGUUUGAGAGUUUUUUUGAGGCUAUCAAGCUGGAUCCUCAAAAUGCUCGUGCUCUCACACAUUGCGGCAUUUUGUAUAAGGACGAUGGUCGCCUGGUGGAGGCUGCAGAGUCGUAUCAGAAGGCUUUACGAGUGGAUCCUUCAUACAGAGCAGCAGCUGAAUGCCUUGCCAUUGUGUUAACAGAUAUUGGUACCAACACAAAGCUUGCUGGAAACACUCAGGAAGGAAUUAAAAAAUAUUUUGAAGCCCUCAAAGUAGAUCCACAUUAUGCUCCUGCAUACUACAAUCUUGGUGUGGUCUAUUCAGAAAUGAUGCAAUAUGACAUGGCCCUCACUUUCUAUGAAAAAGCUGCAGCAGAGAGGCCAGUUUAUGCUGAAGCAUAUUGCAAUAUGGGUGUGAUUUAUAAAAAUCGUGGUGACUUGGAUUCAGCUAUUUCUUGUUAUGAUAGGUGUUUAACUGUAUCACCUAACUUUGAGAUUGCAAAGAAUAAUAUGGCUAUAGCUUUGACAGAUUUAGGAACGAAGGUGACACAUCUGAAAUUCUACGUUAAAUUGGAGGGGGACAUCAACCAAGGCGUGGCUUUGUAUAAGAAAGCUUUGUAUUACAACUGGCAUUAUGCUGAUGCCAUGUAUAAUCUUGGGGUUGCUUAUGGUGAGAUGCUUAAGUUUGAUAUGGCCAUUGUAUUCUACGAACUUGCCUUUCACUUCAAUCCACAUUGCGCGGAAGCAUGUAACAAUCUCGGUGUUAUAUAUAAAGAUCGUGAAAACCUUGAUAAAGCAGUAGAGUGCUACCAGCUUGCUUUGUCAAUCAAACCUAAUUUUUCACAGUCGUUGAAUAAUCUUGGUGUUGUAUACACUGUCCAGGGUAAAGUGGAUGCUGCUGCAAGUAUGAUUGAGAAAGCUAUCAUUGCAAAUCCAACAUAUGCAGAAGCAUACAAUAACCUAGGAGUUCUUUACAGGGAUGCUGGCGAUAUAACUGGAGCAAUUAAUGCUUACGAGCAAUGUCUUAAGAUUGACCCUGAUUCUCGGAAUGCUGGUCAGAAUCGCUUACUUGCAAUGAAUUACAUAGAUGAAGGAAUUGAUGACACACUUUUUGAGGUUCACAGGAACUGGGGUAGGCGAUUCAUGAGACUAUAUCCACGUCACACAUCAUGGGGUAACUCAAAAGAUCCUGAUCGGCCCCUUGUGAUAGGCUAUGUUUCGCCUGAUUAUUUUACCCAUUCUGUAUCGUAUUUCAUUGAAGCACCUCUUGUAUAUCAUGACUACUCCAAUUUCAAAGUGAUUGUUUAUUCUGCAGUUGUCAAGGCAGAUGCAAAAACCAUUAGAUUUAGAGAGAAAGUUACAAAGAAGGGUGGUAUCUGGAAAGAUAUUUAUGGAAUUGAUGAAAAGAAGGUUGCCGACAUUGUUAGAGAAGAUCAAGUUGAUAUUUUGGUAGAACUUACAGGUCAUACUGCAAACAAUAAAUUGGGAAUGAUGGCAUGUCGGCCUGCACCGGUUCAGGUGACUUGGAUUGGUUAUCCCAAUACAACAGGAUUGCCUACAAUUGAUUAUAGAAUCACUGAUUCUCUGGCAGACCCUCCUGAAACAAAGCAGAAACACAUCGAGGAGUUGGUUAGAUUGCCAGAAUGUUUCCUUUGUUACACCCCUUCCCCUGAGGCUGGCCCUGUUUCUGCAACUCCAGCACUUUCCAAUGGCUUCAUCACAUUUGGUAGUUUCAACAAUCUUGCUAAGAUUACACCAAAGGUAUUGAAGGUUUGGGCGAGGAUAUUGUGUGCAAUUCCAAAUUCGCGCCUUGUGGUAAAAUGCAAACCAUUUUGUUGUGAUAGUGUGCGGCAAAGAUUCCUUUCAACACUAGAGCAGUUAGGCUUAGAGCCGCUACGUGUUGAUCUUUUGCCCCUUAUUCUGCUUAACCAUGAUCAUAUGCAUGCCUAUUCUCUAAUGGACAUCAGUUUGGAUACAUUUCCAUAUGCUGGAACAACAACAACUUGUGAAUCUUUAUAUAUGGGAGUUCCAUGUGUCACUAUGGCUGGUUCAGUACACGCACACAAUGUUGGUGUUAGUCUUCUCAGAAACGUUGGAAUGGAGCAUUUGAUUGCCAGAAAUGAAGAUGAGUACGUUGAAUUGGCUAAGAAGUUGGCUUCUGACAUUUCCUCACUACAUAAUUUGAGAAUGAGUCUACGAGAUCUCAUGUCUAAGUCCCCUCUCUGUGAUGGUGCAAAAUUUACCUUAGGUCUAGAGUCAACUUACAGAAAUAUGUGGCACAGGUAUUGUAGAGGAGAUGUUCCAUCUUUGAAACGCAUGGAAUUGUUAGAAGAAGUUGCUAUGGGUGACAUGACAAAUAAAAAUUCUGAGCAAUCAAGAAUUGCAAACUCAAGGGAGGACAGUCCUGGAUCUGUCAAGGCCAAUGGAUUUGAUACAAUGCCCGUGUCAAAGCUUAACAUAGACAGCUGCGAAGAAAACGGUGGGUCAUCAAAUGGUGGCGGUAGUAAACAAGGAAAAAGACAGGUUAAUGUUGAAUUCCAUCCGAGAAUCCUUUUGUAGUGAUUCAAGAAUGUAGAACUUGAUUACAAUAGUUGUACCAUUAUGAUGUAUAGUUGCUGUUGGAAGAAGCUGAAAGCAAUCAUUGCAUCGCAUAAAGUUAACUUGCAUAUAGGGGGUGGGGGCUAUAGAAAGUAAGUCAUAAAAGCCCCUUCGGUGCGGUGGAUGUGCAAAAGGGUGAAGCUACCUUGAGCUGCAGUCUGUAACACCUUUUUUGGUAGCCGAUACCUGCUGGAUAUUCCUCCCCUUCAUUUUAUCAAUAGAUUAGAGCGUGGCAAUUUGUUUUUACUGCUUUUGAAAUUGGCAUUUUUUUGUGGGCACGCAAUAGCUUUAUGGGGGAUUGCUUUUUGCACUGCCAUGGUUUUCUCCUACACACUAUGGGGUGUAUGUAGAAGACAAAAAUGACCCUAAGUAAUCAAAAACCUAAUUCUAUUUCAUCUUUUCUACAA